AUGUGGAGCGCGCAGCUGGCAAGUGUGGCAAGAACGCUUGACCACCCUGAUCAGCGACCGCAGGCCGUUCUAGCCAUAAAGGGUGUAAAGCUUUCCAACCAGCUUAUCGGUCCCGACGUGCAUGUACACCUUGUGCGUAGCCGCAAUGACAUUGUGGACUUCCGGCCAAGACAAGACAAAGCCGCGAAUUCUGUAUGGAGAGGGACCCUCCAUAGCGCGUUUGACUGUUACCUCGACUUCUCGCUGAGACUUGGGCAAUUCACGUUGCUCAGCCGCGAGGACCUGCUCCUGCCGGGCACUGGCUCGACGAGCACGCCGAUCCACCAGGGACAAACGCGUCACACUGACACCAGAAAUCCUUGGGAACCUGGAACUUAGCACUUUUGGCAGAAAGCCGACACAACAACGUUGGGCCCCAUCGAGGGGGUGGCAUCUCU